CUCAAUUUAGCCCCAAAUUCCAAUUUUUCUAGGGUUUCUCAGAACCGCGAUCAGUCUCUAAUGGAGACUCUUAAAGCCUUCUCCUUUUCUCCAAUUCCAUCUCUUCUGAACUAAAUGCACUACUGGGUUCCAAUUCUCACCCAACACAAUGGACAAGAUCGCCGCAGAGUUACAAGACAGCGUGCUCGACCUGACCCGGCAGCUGACGGAGCUCCAGGCCCUCUACGAGUCGACCCGAACCCACCACCUGACCCGAAUGCAAGCUCUGGACCAGAGGGAGCUUCAAUUGCAGGCCAGAGAGCUGAGGGUGAAGUCGGAAGCCGAAUCGGUCCGGGAACGAUGGAGCUCUCUGGAGAUCAGAGAGAGGGAGCUGGAGGAUCGUGCCGAAAAGCUUGAGGUGAAGGAGGUGGAGAGGGAGGGGCAGUUGGGUCUGCUGGAAAAGUCGGUGGAGGAGAGGGAGAGGAGGUUGGAUGAGCUACAUGAGUCGUUGGAGGAGCAGAGGAGGCAUUCCAAGGCGCUGCAGGAGGUGCUGGAGGAGCAAUUGGGGUCGGUAUCGCGGCGUAUGAGGCAAUGUGAAGAGAAGGCUAGAGGAACUGGAUUGGAGCUUGUUGGUGGUGGCGGAGGGGUGGAGUUGGAGAGUUGCGAAAUGGGGAGUGUUUUGAAUGCAGGGGAGGUUGUGAAGCUUAUUGGGGUCAUUUCGAGGAGUAAUGAGAUUGUGAAGUUGUGUCAGGGUGUUGAUUCUGCUGAUAAGAUGAGAGAUGUUAUACGUAUUCUCAUUGAAAGAAAGCAACUGAUAGAGGCUGUUAGCUUCAUUUGCACCUUCAAGUUAACUGCUGAGUUCCCACCUAAACCACUCUUAAAUGAGUUUGUGGAGGAUGCAGAGAUGUGGUGGAGUGAAACUUUCAGUCAGAAGAAAUCACUUGUUGGAAAGGAAAAUGCUGUAGAUGACCGAAUUACUAGUCUAAGGGCUGUGGUUCAAUGUGUUAAAGAUUACAACCUACAGUCCAAGUACUCACUAGCAGACAUAGUCGAUGAAAUUUCCGAGCUUGAUAAACUAAAGGAAAAUCUGCAUUCGGUGGCAUCUCUUGACAUUAUGAUGAAAACUAAAAAAAUUGGAAAAUUAGAGGAGAAGAGGGAGGUGGUGUUAUGUCUUCCAUCGUAUGAUAAACAACACCAGAGGAAAAGGAGGAAACCCAGCACUUGCUCCCCCAGUUUUCGCACAUUUCCUAGUUGCUGAAAAGAAUGUGGUAGAACAUAAAUUUGUACUUGCUUUUUUUUGUAGAAAUAUUGAA